AUGCUUCGCAUUUCCGGCCCAGAUGCGUACCAUGUUUUCACACAGCUUGGCGGCAAAAAGCAACUAGUACCACGCCAUGCAACGCUCACAAACCUACGGCACCCCACAUCCUCUGAUAUUUUGGAUCGUGCGCUUGUGCUAUGGUUCCCUCGAACCCACUCUUUCACAGGCGAGCCAGUCAUCGAGCUGCAUUUGCAUGGCGGCCCCGCGGUUGUGCGUGACGUGUUGCAAUCACUUACUGAGCUCCGCGACAUUCCAUCAUUGCGCCCCGCUCUUCCUGGUGAGUUUACAAGACGUGCGUUUGAGCAUGGGCGCAUGGACCUGAACUCGUGCGAAGCGCUUGAUACGCUACUUCGUGCUGAAACAAGCACGCAGCGCCGUCUCGCCAUCUCUGCUGGCCAUGGACAGCAAGCAGCCAUGUACACAGGGCUGCGUGAACAACUACUUGAUGCAAUGGUCCGAAUAGAGGCUAUGCUGGAUUUUAGUGACGAAGAUGGUAUUGAUGCUUCGCUCUGGGACCACGCCUGUGCAACAGUGCAGGCUAUGCGCUCGCGUCUUCAGAAAGCGCUUCCCGAUGCGGCUGGAAAGCGGCGGCAAUUCCAGGAAGUUGUGAUGGAUGGUGCACAUCUUGCUCUAUACGGAAAGCCCAACGCUGGCAAAUCAUCGUUGCUGAAUCGUUUGACAAGGCGCGACGCCGCAAUUGUGUCGUCCGAGCCGGGGACGACGCGCGAUAUUGUCGAAGUUGCAGUCGAGCUCGAUGGUUACCGUGUAUUCAUUGCCGACACUGCUGGUGUUCGGCGCGGUGGCGGGCCCAUUGAACGACUCGGUAUGGACCGCACAAGAGUAUUGAAGGCGCUCGGUGCACUGCAGGAAGCCGCGCGAGACGACAUGCCGUAUUUCAUCUACUUAAACAAGAUGGACACGCUGGGUGAUGCACCGCGCCAUUCCGAUCGGCAAGGUGAGCUGUGUUAUGUAUGGAGCGGCAGUGUGUAUGAUGACCAAGGCAUUGAUAAGAUGCUCGAGGACAUCGGCGCUCGGCUUGCUGCUCUAUACGACAACGAUGCAAGUGAGACGCCGCUCGUGACGCAAGUGCGACAUGCGCACCUCUUACAAUCGGUGCUUAGCUCGCUCGAUACCUUUGCAGCGCACCAUAUCAACACAGGAAAUCCAGAUAUAACGCUUGCGGCAGAAGAGCUGCGUUACGCGGCAAACUUGUUUGGCCAACUCACUGGCGAGACGCUAAGCUCGGACGAAAUCCUGGGUGCAAUCUUUGCCCGAUUCUGUAUAGGGAAAUAA